CCCGAUUCCAUCCACCACCAUCCGCACCUUCCACUGUUCGAGUGAUUGUCGUCGUUGUAUAUCGCUAGACUAGUGGGCAUUCACAUCCUCUUCGUCUCCACAGCCUCGAUCCAUCCGCUGACGAUCUCGCCCAUUGCCUUGCAGCGGGGCCACGACGCUACCUCAGGAGCCCUACCACUUUCUGACUUCUGGCGGCUUCCUGACGAUCAUAGCGCCAGCGAAGAGCACGUCAAGCCAACCAAAGCAUUGCAUCCGCCAUCCGGGCAUCACGAUCAGAUUCACAACAGCCAGCCAUGGGCUCUACAAGCAUGGCAGAAGGUGCACUUCAUUACCAGAAGCCAUCCGCUAACAGCACCGCGGGAUACCAUCCGCACCAACACCAUCCGCCAUCCUCCAGCUCGCUGCCCUCGGCACACGUACCCCCGAGGGUGCUCACCUUAGACCUCAAAGCCAAGCUGGCUUCCGCACUUGGUGGACAAGGCAAGCGAUACUGGGAUGCACUGCUGCGCUUCUGCACAGCGAAGAUUUCCAGGAUCGAGUUCGAGAGCGAAGCUCGCGCGUGCCUCAAAUCUGAAGAUGUUCAUCUGCACAAUUCACUGGUGCUAGGGAUCUUGUACAACGCAUCAUCCGCUGUUCCCGGCCCUUCCGCUUCCCGCAAAGGCUGGGGCAGCUCUGGCACUUUUUCUGCCUCCCACUCUGACCAUCAGACUUCCAUCCGCCAAGCCGAAGCGGAUGCGUACCAGCAAGAGAACGGCGACUUCCAACCGGAGGAUGUCGAUGCGGAAGCUGCCACUGCAUCCAUCGAGCCCGAGAAGCGUGUCAGUAUUCUCGCUGCUUCCUUUACCACAGCAGAACGACAACGAAUCAAGUCGAUGAGCAAACCACUUUCCCGGAACCUGUCAUCCAUUGCAAACACAUCCUCCUGGGCGGGUGCGGGUGCUGAUCUCCUGGAGCGGAAACGCAAGGAAGAGGAGAAGAAGACCAAGGAAAACGAGCGCAAGCGUCUGAAAGAGCUGCACACCGAAAUUGGAGGCAGGGAUUGGCUCAAGGAGGUGAUAGCGGAGGACCUUGCUUGCCAAGAGAACAGGACCACAUUGCCUGCUGCCACCGCACAAGCUCUGCUGCGAUCCAGCAAAGUACCCCUGUGUGUUGAAAGUAAGACACUGCCACAACUUGACGGUCUUGCAGACCUAAUGACGGCACCAGCGGUUGAGGCAGGGCUGAGUAACGGAGUGUCUAUGGAUGCGGCAGAUAUGCUCUCGGCCGGGUUGCAGGCUCACAUCCGAAAUGUUGUAAGCGGUAUGAUUCUCGCCGUCCGAGCUAACAGAGCUGCUGGAGGCGUCCAACUACGUGGCCCCGCGAAGCAGAACAUCGAGAGUGCCGAUAGCAGUGUAACGAGUCUACCAGGAUCAAGUUCAGCGACCUUCUAUGAAUCGCCCAACGGUACCUCCAGGGUAGAGCUACCUGACUUUGCCUCAUUCGACCAGGCGUACGCCAAGAUCAUGACAUCAGUGCCCUCUCGGCCGUCUCAGCAGUCGAGCCGGAAUAGUACUAGCUCCUCGUCACUGUCCACCGCUGCCUCUUCCAUCUUCACGAAUGCUGCUGGCACUCGCCAUGUCGGCGUCGGUCCUGAUGCCAGUGUGACCAGCCUGGUCAGCACAGCCGCCACCACUCAGGUCGGCUCAGGCAGUGAUGCGGGCAGCGAUGUCGAAAUGGACUCUGAGAAAGAAGGCAAAUCACGAGCACAGAGGAACGGUGACACCAGCGACGACUCAAUGGUUGCCGAUGAGUACGAGGACGAAAUCAAAGACGACAGAGUUGCUCAACACUUGCUGAAAAGAGGCCCUCCUGGCGCUGAUGACAGCGGCAUAGUGUUGCCAAACUCAUACAGUCCAUCCGCGUUACCGCACCGGCCGGUCUAUCGAAUGUCGGUGGCGCAGUCUGAGGCUCCUCGGCCUAGCCUGUCUCUCCGAGACCUUGCGUUCUUCUUGCGCCUGGAACCACACGUCCUCGUAGAACCAGCUGGCAUCGGGGCGAUGGAAAGGCUACUGGCUCCCGAUGCAGACGAGCGGGGCGCAGCUCUACAUCAGCUUGAAUGGUCCGGAAGCAGCAAUCUCGGCGAAGAGGAGAGGCUAGCAGUAGCGGCUAGGCAUUCUGCCUACUGCAAGGAGAACACUGAAGAUGAUGCGAAGGCAGAGGAGGAAGACCUUAAUUCGAUUCAUCGGCGCCCUAUCGCUGCUCUGCCUUCACUGCAAGCAUUGCGAGGGGCGUCAGCACCAUCGUCGCCGCUGCCCGGACGCAAAGGGUAUCUGGUCAAACAGCAAGCCCCUCUGUCGCUCCUUCUGCAUCGUGACAUCGUUUUGAGCAAGCGUAAGCAGCACGCUGCAGGUAUCGAGGACGCUCAGGCUACGACCAAGCGAAGUAAUCAUCACACAGACCCCCUCUCUGAGGUCGUUGAUCCCGUCAGGCUUCUCGCAGGCUAUUGCUCGUGAGACGGGGAAGAGGGCACUUUGCAUUUUUUACGAGACGAGUACCAUCCAGGGGAUCUUGUGAAGUUAUGACGCUCCUUCAUUCAAAAGGCUUCCUGUAUCCAUCAUCUCAACCGUAUCUUUCUCACUUAUGAAAUUUGACGUCCGCAUCUCCAUU